GUGACGUCAGAGGACCAAGUCCACUCACACACGAGACCCUCUACAUUCUAGAGAGUAUAGACUUCAGUCAGUGUUGGUGCGAGGUACAACUGGCACCGCAUCACUUGUGUUCCCUCUUGUACACUGUUUAUAGAAGUGCCUGGAGAUGCUGGCGGGGUGUAGAUGCACCGGACGACUGGUGGUAGCAGCCCCUCUGGGACUGUCCACAGCCAGGACCUCGAGUCUCCGGAUGUUACUGUCUCGGGGUCAGCCCACCACGGCCCGGACUCGCUACUUGUCCAUCGCUGGUCGCAAGGCCUUCUCUCAGACACAGAACGCUGGUCAGAUGGACCUAAAGAGAGCGCUGCAGACCGCUGAGGGUCGCAAGGGGACGUUCACAGACAGGUCACAGUUCAAGUACGCUCGCAGACUCGUGGUCAAGCUGGGCAGUGCUGUCAUCACCAGGGAGGACGAACACGGCCUGGCGCUGGGGCGACUGGCCUCCAUUGUAGAACAGGUGGCGGAGUGUCACGUGGAGGGUCGAGAAUGUAUCAUGGUCACCUCAGGAGCCGUGGCGUUCGGCAAACAGAAGCUUACCCAGGAGCUGCUCAUGUCCCUCAGUAUGAGAGAAACCUUGUCUCCCACCGACCACACCAGACAGGAGGCCAACACCAUGGUAGAGCCUAGAGCUGCAGCUGCUGUGGGCCAGUCAGGACUCAUGUCACUGUAUGAUGCUAUGUUCGCACAGUAUGGUGUAAAGAUAGCUCAGGUGUUAGUGACUAAACCUGACUUCUACAACGAGGAGACUCGCAAGAACUUGUUCAGUACUCUCUCUGAGCUGAUCAGUCUCAACAUUGUUCCUAUCAUCAACACCAACGACGCCGUCUCACCCCCACCAGCGGCUGAGGAGGACAUACAGAAAACUGGCAAAAAGAUCAUCAGUAUCAAGGACAAUGACAGUUUGGCAGCCAUGUUGGCAGCUGAGGUACAGGCUGACUUGUUGAUCCUCAUGUCAGAUGUAGACGGUAUCUACACAGCACCUCCAUGGGUCGAGGGAGCUCGUCUCAUUCACACCUACACCUCCGAGAUGCACGACAUCAUCCGCUUUGGCAAGAAGUCAAAGGUCGGCACUGGAGGAAUGGAUUCAAAGGUAAAAGCAGCAACUUGGGCUCUUGAGAGGGGGGUCAGUGUUGUAAUCUGCAAUGGUCACCAGGAGAAGGCCAUCAAGACCAUCAUCAGUGGCCGCAAGUUGGGAACAUUCUUCACUGACGCUCCCGCCACAGGCGUAGCCUCCACUGAUGUACUGGCUGAAAAUGCUCGUGCGGGCAGUAGGAAGUUGCAGGCGCUGAGUCCCAGUGACAGAGCCAACUGUAUCUUCACCUUGGCAGAUCUGCUCAUCUCUCGCCAGUCAGACAUUCUAGCAGCCAACGCCAAGGACAUCGCGGAGGCCACCAAGAACAACACAGCCAAGCCUCUACUGUCUAGGCUGUCCCUCUCACCCUCCAAGCUCAAGUCACUGGCCGCUGGCUUGAGACAGAUUGCAGAGACGAGUCACACCAACGUAGGCCGUGUGGUGCGCAGGACAAGACUCGCCCAGGGCCUGGACCUUACUCAGGUCACUGUCCCCAUCGGAGUACUCCUCGUCAUCUUUGAGUCCAGACCCGACUGUCUGCCUCAGGUGGCAGCCCUGGCCCUCAGUUCUGCCAAUGGUCUACUGCUGAAGGGAGGCAAGGAGGCAUCACACAGCAACAAAGCACUCUUCUCUGUUGUUCAAGAAGCAUUGGCGACUGUGGGAGUGCAAAACGCCAUCUCGUUGAUCUCCACUAGGGAUGAGAUCAGCGACCUUUUGUCCAUGGAAGGCUACAUAGACCUGAUCAUCCCCCGAGGGUCCAGCGACCUGGUCCGCAGCAUCCAGGAGAGAUCACAACACAUCCCAGUUUUGGGUCAUGCAGAGGGAAUCUGUCAUGUGUACGUCGACAAGGAGGCGGACCCACAGAAGGCACUCAAGAUCGUGAGGGAUGCUAAGUGUGACUACCCAGCAGCUUGUAAUGCUAUGGAGACUCUGUUGCUACAUGAAGACCAUCUCAACAGUGGCUUCUUUGUAGAGGUCUGCAACAUGCUCAAACAUGAGGGGGUGACAGUGUAUGCUGGGCCCAAGCUGUCAGAGAAGUUGACGUUCGGCCCACCUCCUGCCAAAUCUCUCAAGACAGAGUACGGCAGUCUGGAGUGUGCUGUGGAGAUCGUCAGUAACAUGGAGGAGGCUGUGGAACACAUCGCUCAGUUUGGCAGCGGACACACAGACGUCAUAGUCACUGAGAACCAAGAGAAAGCUCAGCUGUUCCAGAGAGAUGUGGACAGUGCUUGUGUGUUCCAUAACGCCAGUUCCCGAUUUGCUGAUGGAUACAGAUUUGGACUUGGUGCUGAGGUUGGUAUCAGCACGGCUCGUAUCCACGCCAGAGGACCCGUGGGUGUGGAGGGGCUGCUGACCACCAAGUGGAUCCUGAGUGGCAACGGUCACACGGCUGCAGACUUUGCUGAGGGCGGACCCAUGACCUUCACACACGAGACUCUCCCCAUCAAUUGACUUGUUGACAUACACUGUCCUCGUCCCCCUUGUCCCACUGUCUAUUGUUACCCUCACUUCUGUCAAGGCUUGUACUGGCUGUUAAACAGAUACACCAAUUAUGGCUGAUCAUCAAGUCUCCAGUUAGCUUUCUCUACAAUGUAUAAAUAACUGCAAGGCUGCACAUUUUAUUUCAAUCUCUCAUUAGUUAUCUUCAAUCAUAUUAAAAAAAAAAAAUAAAGUAAUAAGUAUCAAGAUCAAUAUUUUUCAAUAACGAAAUGAGUAAUUUUUACCCUGCACUCAGGGAAAUGCAAAAGUGUUGACAAUGUACUAUGUGUGUAUAUUUUGUUUGUUGAUGUAUUUUUAUUCUUAAGAAAAAUAAAUGUUUUUUAUUUGUU